GCACGCAAACAUUGUUCCCCUAUCGGACACUUUUGUCAGACGGACCGAGAGUGUUUACUGCACACGGCCGCACGUGAGAUUCAACUUUUGGGAUCAAUUGGAAAAUUAUAUUGUUUUAUGCUUGUGUUUAAAGGUCUGGGUGUUUUAGUUAACCGCAUUUGCUUCCAAAAUUAAGAAAACGUGGUAUUGGCAAACCGAUUUAGACCAAGUGUCAUAUUACCUGCAUUCUUCAUUUGGGAGGUUGCUGCUGUUUGUUUACAAUGGGGAAACUGCGGAAAAAACACAACUGGAAAGGUAGACAGCAGAAUGAAGCUAAGCAAACCGCGGAUGAUAAGAAGACUGACGUCGUGGUCGAAUUGCAAGAUGGAGCUAGACUUAAAGGAGUUGAUGAAAGCAACGCUCUGGUCCUUCCAUCCAAUAAAGACAAGAAGAAAAAGGGCACUUUGACACCGGUCUCUUCAAAAAAGCCUUUAACUAAGAAACAGAGGAAAGAACUACAAAAAGUGCUUGAGCGCAAAGAAAAGAAAGCUCAGAGGGCGGAUAUACUGUCUAAACUGGCUGAAGUGCAACUCCCGGAGUCUGAAAUCAAGCUUCUAUACACAACCUCCAAACUUGGAACAGGGGGAAAGCUGUACACCUCUAAAGAGACGCCUGAAGAAUCAAAAGAUGAAGAUACUGCAGUUAAAAUCAGCAGUCUUAGCGGGGCCAACAGGAAGCGUAAAUGGCAAGACAAGGAAGAAGAUGAUGGAGAAGAGAAAAAAGAAAAAUCAGAAACUUCAGAUGAAGACUCGUCUAAUGAUGAAGACGAUGAUGAUGAAGCUGAGACCACAGAGGUGGUUGCACUAAAAGAAACUGCACUGGACACAGAGAUCAACCAAACUGCUCAAAAAGAGAAGUCCAUUGAGCAGAAAACGUCUGACCAAACUCCUACUGUCAUUAAGAAAGAUUCUGAACCUGCCAUUUUCAUCCCUGUCGAAAGAACUCCAGAGAUACAGGAGGCCCGUUUGAAGCUGCCUGUGAUGGCAGAGGAGCAGGUCAUCAUGGAGGCCAUAAAGGAAAACCCAUGUGUCGUCAUCUGUGGAGAAACCGGAAGUGGAAAGACGACUCAAGUGCCUCAGUUUUUGUACGAAGCAGGAUAUGCCAGCAAAGGGUCAAUUAUUGGUAUUACUGAACCAAGAAGAGUAGCAGCCGUUAGCAUGUCCCACCGUGUGGCCAAAGAGAUGAAUUUAUCCACAAGGGUGGUGUCUUACCAGAUUCGAUAUGAGGGAAAUGUGACCAAUGACACAAAAAUCAAGUUCAUGACAGAUGGUGUUUUGCUCAAAGAAAUUCAAAAGGAUUUCCUGCUCCAGAAGUACAGCGUUAUAAUUAUUGAUGAGGCACAUGAAAGGAGUGUUUACACAGACAUUCUCAUCGGCUUGUUGUCUCGCAUUGUGCCUCUUCGAAAUAGGAAAAGCAUGCCCAUGAAGCUGUUGGUCAUGUCGGCUACUCUUCGGGUGGAGGACUUCACAGAUAAUCAGAAGUUGUUCCGCACUCCUCCUCCAGUGAUUAAAGUGGACUCUCGUCAGUUUCCAGUCACCAUUCAUUUCAACAAACGUACUCCUUUAGAGGACUACACCAGUGAGGCCUUUCACAAGAUCUGCAAGAUUCACCGCAUGUUGCCACCAGGUGGCAUCUUGGUGUUUUUGACUGGUCAGGCUGAAGUGCACAGUUUGUGUAGAAGAUUAAGAAGAGCCUUCCCAUUCAGAAAAAGCAUCUUGGCUGGUGGUGAGGAGGAAGACCCUGACAGUUCAGAGGCAACGAAAAAGUUUAAAAAGUGUAAAAAGAAGAAAACGGCUUCAUUGCCUCACAUUGACCUGGAUAACUAUUCAGCACUGCCCCUUGAUGAAGGGGAUGAAGACAGAGAGGCUGGGAUUGGAGAUGAGGAUGAUGAUGAUGGCUCUGACUUAGAUCUUGGGGAUGAUGCAACCAGUGCUGAUGAGAAAGCUGAUCCAUCCAUUCCUCUCUAUGUCCUCCCAUUAUACUCUUUAUUGGCUCCAGAACAGCAGGCAAAGGUGUUUAGAGCUCCCCCACCUGACACCCGCGUGUGUGUAGUAGCCACCAAUGUGGCUGAGACGUCACUGACCAUCCCUGGGAUUAAAUAUGUGGUCGACUGUGGACGUGUUAAGAAGAGGUUUUAUGACCGUGUGACUGGAGUCUCGUCCUUCAAAGUCACCUGGACAUCUCAGGCAUCGGCCAAUCAGAGGGCUGGUAGAGCAGGGCGAACAGAGCCAGGGCAUUGCUACAGAUUGUACUCUUCUGCCGUGUUUGGAGAUUUUAGCCUUUUCUCAGAAGCAGAGAUUACUCGCAGACCUGUAGAAGACCUGGUUUUGCAAAUGAAGGAUCUUAACAUAGAUAAAGUAGUAAAUUUCCCUUUUCCCACUCCGCCCUCCACUGAAGCUUUGAUGGCAGCUGAACAAUUAUUGAUAUCGCUGGGCGCGUUACAAGAGCCUCCACGCACUGGAAGGGUUAAGGAGAUGGAGCGGGCACGCCUGAGUUGCCCUAUUACUCCUCUGGGCAGGGCAAUGGCUUCUUUUCCAGUGGCUCCACGUUACGCUAAAAUGUUGGCUCUUGGUAAACAGCAGGAUUGUCUUCCAUACGUCAUCGCUGUGGUUGCAGCCAUGACAGUCCGAGAGAUAUUUGAGGAUCUUGACAGACCUGCCAGUAGUGAAGCUGAAAGCGGAAAACUAACUCAACGCCGGGCUCGACUCACUCAAAUGAGAAGACUUUGGGCUGGACAAGGAGGUGCUCUUCUGUUGGGAGAUCUUAUGGUCAUGUUAGGAGCUGUGGGCGCAUGUGAGUUUGCUGGUUUCACUCCUAAAUUUUGUGAGGAAAAUAGCUUGAGGUACAAAGCUAUGGUGGAGAUACGACGUCUCCGAGGGCAACUCACCAAUGCAGUUAAUGCAGUGUGUCCAGAAGUAGGAGUAUUUGUAGAUCCAAAGAUGGCUCCACCCACAGAACACCAGGUUGUCUGCUUGCGGCAGAUUGUUCUAGCAGGACUUGGAGACCAUCUUGCGAGACGUGUGCAGGCAGAAGACAUCCUGGACCCAAAGUGGAAGAAUGGAUACAAGACUCCACUAUUGGAUGAUCCAGUAUUCAUUCACCCAACAUCUGCACUGUUUAAAACCCUGCCAGACUUUAUUGUUUACCAAGAGAUCAUGGAGACGAGCAAAAUGUACAUGAAAGGUGUGUCGGCAGUAGAAGCACAGUGGGUUCCUCAGUUUCUGCCACAGUACUGUCAUUUCAGUUCUCCUUUGGACUCCCCAGCACCAUGGUUCUGUCCAUCCACAGGCACAAUCCGAUGUCAGCGAUCGAGCACCUUCUUCAGAAUAGGUUGGCAGCUUCCAGCAGUGGAGAUGGAAUAUCCCGAAGGCUUGGAUAAAUACAAAAUGUUUGCAAAGUUUCUUCUUGAAGGGCAGGUUUGUCCAAAACUUAAGAAGCAUUGCGCCCAUUUACUGUCAAACCCAUCCAUAAUGUUAAAAACUUGGGCAAAGCUGCAGCCCAGGACAGAGGUCUUACUGAGUGCUCUGGUUUCAAAGAGGGUUGACUGCAGGGACCAACUCAUGACUGUUUGGAAGUCUGAUGAAAAAUACUUAUUAUGUGCAUACUGCCAGUGGUUGCCAGAAUCCAUUCACCAAGACAUUGCGAAAUAUUGGCCUCCUAUUUAAGU